AUGUCUUUCGAAAAAGUUGAAGCUGACCAAGAAAAGUUUGAUAGUAAGGCUGUCUGAAAAAUCGGUUUGGCAGUCGCUAUCGGGCCUUUUAUUGCAGGCAUGAGCCUUGGCGUCUACAAUUCAGCCCCGGAUAAUGUUGCGGCGACCUUGAAUUGGGGUGACAAUAAAGACAUCCUGGUCCCAACAAUGAAUGCUAUGAUGCAUUUCGGCGCUAUUUUUGGGUCUCUUGGAGCAGGUCCAAUUGCAACUAAAAAAGGCCGACGUCAAGCCAUAUUGGUUUUAGAUACAAUUACACUAAUAUCGUCAGCCUUAUUCCUGAUUCCAUUUACCCCAACAUUUGCCAUUGCCAGAUUUUUGUCUGGGUUUGUUGCAGGAGGCUUUUGUGUAAUCUCCCCAUUAUAUAUUUUCGAAUAUGCCCCUAUUGCUAUUAGCGGAAAAAUUGGGUCCUUGAUACAAUUUAACAUAACGCUCGGUAUUGUCUUUAUGUAUGCCUUAGCUUUGCCACUACCAACAGGGGAUUAUGAUAACGACAACAUGAAUUACUGGUGGAUGUUUAUGUUCGCUUUAUCAUCAGUAUUUGCGAUACUCCAACUUUUUUUAAUCCUUACGAAGUUUAAGUAUGAUACUCCUGUUUGGCUUCUAGAGCAAAAUAGAAGAAAAGAAGCUGAGGAAAGCUUAACCCAGUUCUAUGAUGAUGACAAUGCUUUAAUAGCUCUUUCAAAAUUAGAGCAAAAUAUAGCAAAAGCUAAACAAGAAGCCGGAGAAAGCAGCUAUGCUGACUUGCUGUGCUGCAGAAAAGGGCAUUCUAAGAUUAUAAGAAUUGGAGUCAUGCUGAAUUUAAUACAACAAUGAAGCGGAAUUAACGCAAUUAUCGGGUACUCUACUACUAUUUUUAGCGAGUUCGGAAACAAGUUUAUUGCAAGAGUUUUUACUGUUGUAGUUGGACUUGUUAAUAUGGCCGCUACUUUGAUAUUGUUCCCAGCUGUUAAUAAAUUUGGGAGAAAGUCUAUGCUUUGGGUGGGAUGCUUGGGAAUGGCUGUGUGCUUAGUUUUGGUUGGGAUUUUUUCAGGUCCUGUCGAUGGUUCUUCAGGCCCUCCGCUUGUUUUUAUAUUGCUUUAUAUUGUUUUCUUCGAAAUAUCAGUUGGGCCACUAAUUUGGAUUGUUUGUGGAGAAAUUUGUUCGCCUAAAGCUAUGAGUAUUUGCAUUGGAACAAACUGGGCUUCGGCUACAGCUGUGGUCUUCUUGUUCCCUAUUAUGGCUGAUGCAUUUACGAUGACUUAUACGUUUUUAUUUUAUGCAGGAAUUUGCAUUUUAAGUAUUCCUUAUUUGUGGCUUGACUUAAUUGAGACGAAAGGAAAAACUAAAGCUGACUUGAAAAUGAUGUUUUCAAAGCUCAGAUAA